CCUAAGACUUCCCUAUCCCAAUUUCGUCCUCGCAUUCUAAAGUCUUCAAGAAUCUUGAUAGCUACAUGUGCAGUUAACAACCGCUCAGUAGCGAUUGCUUUUCGAAAUGGGGCUUUUAGAGGAAAUUCAGGGACCUGUUUCCCAAUACAUGUCACAGCUUUCUACACCGUCGCAAGUCGCUGUUAUCGCUGCUGGCGCUUUAUUCUUGACCGUAUUUUUCAAUGUCCUACAACAAGUCCUCUUCAAGAACGCAAAUGAGCCCCCCGUCGUCUUUCACUGGUUUCCCGUGAUAGGGAGUACCAUCACCUAUGGAAUGGACCCUCCUCGAUUCUUUAAGGAGAACCGAAAAAAGCAUGGCGAUAUCUUCACUUUCAUCCUCCUUGGAAAGAAGACCACCGUAUAUCUUGGUACCACCGGCAACGACUUCGUCCUUAACGGCAAGAUUAAGGAUGUAUGCGCCGAAGAUAUCUACACCGUCUUGACUACCCCUGUCUUCGGAAGGGACGUCGUUUACGACUGCCCCAACUCCAAGCUGAUGGAACAGAAGAAGUUCAUGAAAGUCGCCCUCACCACCGCUGCCUUCCAAUCCUACGUGCCCAUUAUUGCCGAUGAGGUCUCUAGCUACCUCAAGAGAUGCCCCGAUUUCAAGGGCAAGUCCGGAGUCGUGAACAUUCCCAAGAACAUGGCCGAGAUCACCAUCUUCACUGCCUCUCACUCUCUCCAAGGAAAGGAGGUCCGAAGCAAGUUCGACGAGUCCCUGGCUGCCUUAUACCACGAUUUGGAUAUGGGUUUUACUCCGAUUAACUUCAUGCUUCACUGGGCCCCGUUGCCUUGGAACAAGAGACGCGACCACGCCCAGCAGACUAUCUCUAAGAUCUACAUGGAUAUCAUCAAGGAACGUCGUGCUGCUGGCAAGAGUGAUGCGCAAGAUAUGAUGUGGCAUUUGAUGAACUCGACUUACAAGAACGGUAUCAUGGUCCCCGAUCACGAAAUCGCACACAUGUUGAUUGCAUUACUGAUGGCCGGCCAACACUCUUCCUCUUCGACAAGCUCAUGGAUGAUGCUACGUCUUGCUUCGCGUCCGGAUAUCAUGGAGGCUUUGUACCGCGAGCAAGUCGAGGCUCUUGGCGCUGACCUACCUGCACUGAAAUACGAGGAUCUCGCGAAGCUUCCGUUGAACCAGGCCAUCGUCAAGGAGACGCUUAGACUUCACGCUCCCAUCCACUCUAUUAUGCGAGCUGUCAAGUCUCCUAUGCAAGUUCCUGGAACGAAAUAUGUCAUCCCUACUAGCCACACUCUCCUCUCUGCCUCCGGCGUGUCCUCAACAGAUCCCCAGUACUUCCCCGAGCCGGAUAAAUGGGAGCCUACGCGAUGGGACAAGAACUCUCCUAUUGCCCCGACUGUCGUACGCAACGUGGUAGAGGAAGAGGAGAAGAUAGAUUACGGAUAUGGAUUGGUCAGCAAGGGCGGAAACUCACCUUACCUACCAUUCGGCGCCGGAAGGCAUCGAUGCAUCGGCGAGCAGUUCGCCAAUGUUCAAUUACAGACUAUCACAGCUAUGAUCGUUCGCGCAUUCAAAUUCAGGAAUGUCGACGGAAGCAACGACGUCAUUGGAACAGAUUACGCCUCUAUGUUCUCGCGGCCUCUUGAGCCAGCCAACAUCCACUGGGAAAAGCGAGACUGGGAAUGAUUUUGGAUGAUGAAGCGGAGGCGCACUUACUAAAUACCAUACCUAGAGAUCUGUACAUACACAUGCCACUUAUUAGAUGACGAGCACGGUCCGAUGCGAAAAAGAG